AUGACAACAGUCUCUGAGAGUUCGUUUCCUUCUCCUGCUCAAGCAAGCAGCCCACCCUUAGAUCCUCCUCAAUCUUGCAGUCCCUCUCCUGUCUCUCACAGUUCUGAAACCCUCAUUAAUUCUAGCCCAAUAUCCUCUCCAAAUGUCAUGCAGGUAUCUGCUGAGCCUCCUGGUUUGAAGGAAUCCCUAAUGUAUUUUCCUGCCAAAUCACUCGUACCUACAAGUACCACUCAUCAGCGGUCCACGGGCAAUAGAAAGUCCAGGAAGUACCUGCCAUAUCCUCCCGAUCCCCUUCCUCUGGAGGUUUGUUAUGCAGGCCGGUUCAUGAGCCAAGGAUAUCAACCAGAUUUUUCACCUGAAGCAAUGGAGAAGUUGGAAGAACAGCUGGAGAAUGGUCUAUCGCAAAUGAAAACUGCGACUUUGUACAAAGGGUACAAAGCCAAACUCCUGACCCGCAAAGUUGCACGUCAACAUCUCUUUCUCUCAACUUUGGAGGCUGAAGAAGCCGAUCUUACUGCAUGCUAUGCUGAUGCCAUCCGUGCGGAAAAUAAAGAACACUUUGGUUCUGCUGAGGAGGAGCUGCAACAUUACAGGAGUCAUUUUUCUCAGCGUGGGCAACUGGAAGCUGAUGACGAUAGGAACUAUCUUCAAGCUGUUUAUGAAGAUGAAUGCCGGAUUCUUCGCACUGUCAAUAUCCAGACUGAUCAAGUUGUGAAAAUAUUGGACAAACAUAUCGCACAAUCUCUUACGGACUGUACUGGAUACUUCCCCAUGCGUCGCCGCUUCUGCAAUGAGGUUCAGACCACUGAACCCUUCCACGAGGACUCUGAUGUUACACCUGAAGGAUCAGAUGAUGUUGAGAAUGAACACCUUAGUUUGUCAGAUCUUGGCUCCAAUGAGUGA